UCUCUCUGUGUGACUGUUGUUGGGAAGAAAGAUGAGGGAUUUAGCCUUCAUUUUUGCAAUUGUAGUAAUUUUCAUCUUGGUCGUAUCAUGCUGGAAAGUGUUGUAUUUGAUAUGGUGGAGGCCCAUGAAGCUGGAGAAAUAUUUGAAGAAACAGGGCAUCAAGGGCCCUCCUUACAGGUUGUUGUAUGGAAAUCUGAAAGAGGAACGCAAGAUGAAGGAGGAAGCACAAUCCAAGCCCAUCAGCCUCUCUCAUAAUAUCACCCAACGUGUUGUCCCACUCACUGAUCAUACAAUGAAAAAAUAUGGUAAAAUGUCAGUAGUAUGGUAUGGGGUAACUCCUACAUUACAUAUCAUGGAUCCAGAGCAAGUAAAGGAUAUCCUAUCUAACAAAAUUGAACAAUUUCAGAAACUACAUAAUCCAUUCACUGAGCAACUAUUACCUGGGCUUGCAAACUAUGAAGGAGAAAAAUGGGCAAAACAUAGAAGGAUCAUUACCCCUGCCUUCCAUCUAGAGAAGUUGAAGAGGAUGCUACCAGCAUUUUUAGCUGGUUGUAAUGAAUUGAUCAGAAAAUGGGACCAAUUGGUUGAACCAGAAGGCUCAUGUGAAUUGGACAUGUGGCCGGAAGUUCAAAAUCUUACUGGAGAUAUCAUUUCCCGGACAGCAUUUGGCACAAGCUAUGAAGAAGGAAUGCGUAUAUUUCAACUUCUAAAUGAACACGCCAAGAUUAUUAUUCAGGAUUUGAUAUACACAUUCAUCCCAGGUUACAGAUUAUUACCAACAAAAAUGAACAAAAGGAUUAAGGAAAUAAAUAGGGAGGUGGAAGCUCUAUUGAGGGGAAUCAUUAAACAGAGAGAACUGUCCAUAAAAUUAGGGGAAGCUACUAAAGAUGACUUACUGGGGUUGCUACUAGAAUCCAACUUUAAAGAGAUUCAAGAACAUGGUGCAAUGAGUAAUGAGGAACUCAUGGAGGAAUGCAAGCUAUUCUACUUUGCAGGACAGGAGACUACAGCAAAUUUGCUUCUGUGGACAAUAGUUGUAUUAAGUAUGCAUCAGGUGUGGCAAAAAAGAGCAAGGGAAGAGGUCUUGGAAAUCUUUGGAGAAAACAAACCAGAUUUUGAUCAGCUAAAUCGCUUGAAAAUUGUGCCCAUGAUCCUGUAUGAAGUUCUUAGAUUAUAUCCUCCAGUGUUUUUGAGUGCUCGAUGCAGUGACAAGAAGAUAAAACUAGGAAAAACCUGUUUGCCUCCUGGAAUACAGUUGUUGAUACCCAUAAUUUCCAUCCAUCAUAGUCGAGAAUUUUGGGGUGAAGACGCGGAAGAAUUUAAACCAGAGAGGUUCUAUGAAGGUGUUUCUAAAGCAGCAAAAACUCAAGCCUUCUUCCCAUUUGGUUGGGGUCCUCGGAUUUGCAUUGGGCAGAACUUUGCAAUGGCAGAAGCAAAGGUGGCACUGGCCAUGAUUCUACAGCACUUCUCCUUUGAGCUCUCACCCUCCUACACUCACGCUCCCAUGGGUGUUAUAACUCUUCAACCCCAAUAUGGUGCUCAGAUCAUUUUACAUAAAUUAUGAUACUUUAAUUUACCUGUAUCUCUUGGAGUACAAAAGUAUAAUAAGAUGAGUGGUUCUGUUAAGACUCCAUUAAUUUACUACUGAUACUCUGAAAUCUGAUGUAAGAACUUAUAAUUAG